ACCAUGUGUAACCGUUCUUCUUCGUUUAGUAUAAAAAGCGAUCAGAGAGUUUUUUAACCUCUUUUUUCUAUCUUUAAAACAAACACAAAACAAUUAAACAAUUAUGAAAACAUUUUCAGUGGAAGUAGGACCCGAACAAACCAAUGGUGGCCGUAUCCAUCGCAAUCCCUUAGCUAUAGAUGGACUUCUUCGAACACCCGCUCCCAAUGUGCAUACUUUAUAUGAUGUCCUCCAGACCAGUGCCAAGAAAUACUCUACGAAUAAUGCUUUUGGUUACCGUACGUUGGAAAGAAUGGUUGAGGAAGAAAAAGAGGUUGUCAAAAUUGUUGACGGUGUAGAAACAAAACAAACAAAAAAAUGGAAUUACUUUCAAUUAUCUGGAUACAACUAUAUAACAUUUGCAGAAGCUGGACAACUAGCCCUUGAUAUUGGCGCAGGUUUCAGAUAUCUGGGACUUAACAGUCAUGCAAAAGUUGAGAUAUUUGCUCCCACUAAUAUGUACUGGCUUUUGACUGCCCAUGGAUUAUUUACUCAAAAUAUGACGAUUGUUACAGCAUAUGACACUCUUGGUGAAGAAGGUUUAUUGCAUUCAAUGAAUGAGACCGAGGUUGAGGCUAUUUUCACUUCAGCAGAAUUAUUGCCAACUGUAGAAAAGGUUGCCAAGAAAUGUUCAAAGUUGAUCCUGGUUGUAUAUAAUGGGGAAGCCAAACAAGAACACUUGGACAAAUUCAGUUUGCUUAAUAUUGAAGUUUUAUCUAUUCAACAAGUCACUCAAUUAGGUAAAGAACAUCCUGUCGAAGCUCGUGCGCCCGAGCCUGAGGAUCUCUGCUGUAUUAUGUAUACUUCUGGAAGUACUGGUAACCCGAAGGGUGUCUUGUUGUCACAUAAAAAUGUCGUAGCUGCAAUUGCAUCUGUUAAUGGGUUACUUCAACCGAAUAUUGGUUCAAAUGAAUCAAUGAUGGCUUAUUUACCGCUUGCUCACAUUUUCGAAUUUGUUGUGGAGAAUUCUUGUCUAUUUUGGGGAGCAACUUUAGGCUAUGCAUCAGUUCGUACACUGACCGACGCUUCUGUUCGAAAUUGUAAAGGUGAUAUCAAAGAAUUUAGACCAACUUUAAUGACAGGUGUACCUGCUGUAUGGGAAUCUAUUCGUAAGGGUAUUUUAGCAAAACUGGAAUCAUCUUCUCCAAACGCACAGGCUAUUUUUUCAAAGGCUUUUGCCACAAAAUUCUGGUUCCAUGAGAAAGGUUUACCAACACCGCUUCUUGAUAGACUCGUAUUCAACAAGAUUAAAGAGCAAUUAGGUGGUCGCUUGAAGAUGGCUAUUUCUGGAGGUGCUCCUUUAUCGGUCGAAACUCAGAAGUUUUUGUCCGUAACAAUUUGUCCCAUUUUGAUUGGAUAUGGAAUGACAGAAAGUUGUACUUCUUGUACUAUUAUGACACCCGAAUUGUUUGGAUAUGGUCAUGCCGGUCCUGUAAGUCCUGCUUGUGAAGUCAGGCUUGUCGAUGUCCCUGAAGCAAAUUACUUCUCUUCUAAUGAAACACCCCAGGGUGAAAUUUGGGUUCGUGGAGCUACUGUGACUAAGGGUUAUUGGAAGCGUGAGGAUUUGACUAGUGAACUUCUAGCAGAAGGUGGAUGGCUUCAAACUGGCGAUAUUGGCGAAUGGAAAGAAAAUGGUGCAUUGGCUGUUAUAGAUCGUAAAAAAAACCUUGUGAAGCUAAGUAACGGAGAAUAUAUCGCCCUUGAAAAGUUGGAGUCUAUUUACAAAAGUUGCGUUCUUGUGGGUAAUAUUUGCAUCUAUGCUGAUUCCUUGUUACCCCGUGCUGUUGCCUUGGUAGUUCCUGCUGAAAAAGCUAUCUACGCAUUAGCUGCAGAAAAAGGUGUUACAGAAAAGGAUUGGGUUCUACUUUGUGGUGAUACGACAGUAAAAAAGGCUGUUCUCGCUGCCUUAUUAAAACAGGGAAAGAGUGCUGGUUUAAAACCCGCGGAAAUGCUAUUUGAUGUAUAUCUGUGUUCAGAAGAAUGGACUUCGGAAAAUGGUCUAUUAACGGCUGCGCAAAAGAUGAAACGUCAUGAUAUUGUUAAAAGAUUUAAACACGACCUUGACUACAUGAAUGAACAUCAAUCGGCAUAACAUACAUUUUUUGUAAUGUCUUCUUUUUUUCUUUUUUAUCUCUUUUUACUUACUACACGUACCUUUCUUUUUUUUUUUUUCUUGUUUAAUAUUAACACUACGUCACUUAAUAAAAUAAUAACUGAACCUCGUCGCAUUUAAGCGAAUAAAUUAAA